AUGGCGACGAGUACCAAUGGCUUCAAGGUACUCCUCAUGGGCCGGGCCGGUGCAGGAAAGACGUCCAUGAAGUCCAUCAUUUUCGCCAACUACCACUCCAGGGACACCAAGAUGCUGCAGCCGACCAACCACGUGGAGCACAACUCUCUCCGCUUCCUGGGGAACCUCCGACUGAACCUCUGGGACUGCGGAGGCCAAGAUCAAUUCAUGGAGAACUAUUUCGAGUCGCAGCGCGAGAACAUCUUUCAGCACUGCGAGGUGCUGAUUUACGUCCUGGUCGCAGCUCGGGACAAGAAUCCGGGCAACGAUGAGAGGAAGAAGGACGUCGAGUAUUUCAAGGAUGCCAUAGAAUCACUCACGAAGCAUUCGCCCAAUGCGACCACCUUUGUCUUAAUUCACAAGUUGGACACCUGGAUUGGGAGCAAGCGCGCAGAGGUCUAUCGUCAGGUCAAGGAGGAGCUCUUGACUGUGGCCCCAGAGAGGGCCCAGGAUCGCAUCACCUUCAUGGGCACUUCCAUUUGGGACGAUACGCUCUUCAAGGCCUGGUCGAAGAUCGUCGCCGUCAUGGUGCCGGACCCCGAUGUCCUGCAGGCGCACGUGAACUUCAUGUGCCAACAGCUCAUGGCGGAUGAAGUAGUGAUCUUUGAGAAGAACACAUUUCUUGUGAUUACAAGGGCUCACACCAAGGAGAUGCCGGAUCAGUAUCGUUUCGAGAAGCUCUCGAACAUCAUUAAACAGUACAAGCUGAGCUGUCAAAAGGCCAAGACCAACUUCCGAAACUUUGUGGUGAAGAACGACCGCUUCCGCGCCAUCAUUGCGCCUCGUUGCGACGUCGACGGACGAGACGAUGUAUAG